CCAUGCACAGAUUUCACAAGGAAAUGAUAGUAGUGAAUGAAUGAUCGUCGAGAAAGCGAAGUCUUAUAGACUAGACGGCCGGUACAGUUUAGGCGCAUGCGCAGGAGACGGGCGGUAAAUCUGGGUGACGGCUACACGCUGCGGUCAGCCCGCGUCAUGGCGAGUAGAUUAUUCAAGAAAGCGAAGGGAGAGGCCGCUGCUGGGAAGACGAAGGAUAUCUUGAGCGACACGGACUUCCAGAGAGAGCUGGUGGCGGCCGGCGAGCGACUCGUCGUUGUCAACUUUUCCGCCGUUUGGUGUGCCCCAUGCAAGAAGAUAGCUCCGGCGUUUGUUAGACUGAGCGAAGAGUACGGGUCUGCUAUCUUUCUCAAGGUCGACACGGACAUUUGCAGGGGAACAGCAAGAAAGUAUGGAAUUGAAUCCACACCGACCUUCACAUUCUUCAUGAAUAGACAGAGAAUCAAGGACUCAGACGUGAAGGGAGCAAAUGAGGUGGCGCUAGAGGCAGCUAUCAUCAAACAGACUCGAGAACACCAAGAAGCUACUGAUGUGGUCGAAGCCUCCAUUACUGUGCCAGGCCAGGUAAACCUGGCGUCUCUUAUUGACCACAGUGGGAGUGAGUGUCUGAACGAGAGUGACGAUCAUCCGUUCACAAACUGUCUCAAGACAAACGCAAAGUACCUGGAGAGUGACUGUGACCCCCAGCUGAUCAUUGUCCUGGCUUUCGUGCAGUCAGUCAAGCUCCACACCAUGCAGAUCAUAGCUCCAACUGAUGGUAGGGCACCGAAGACAGUGAAACUAUUUAUUAACCAGCCACAGACGCUAGACUUUGACACGGCAGAACAGAGUACACCACUCCAAGAGUUUACUUUGACAGAAGAGAGUGUUUUGGAAGACUCGAAGAUCCCACUGAGUUUCGUCAAGUUUCAGAACGUGCAGAAAUUGACGGUAUUUGUACAGGACAAUCAAGGAGGGGAGGAAACAUCGGUCGUAAGAUACCUAGGACUUUACGGCACACCGUUAGACACCACUAACAUGAGCGACUUCAAAAGAAUAGCAGGAGAGAAAGGUGAGAGGCACGCGUGAACUGUGGACAAUUCUCUAUAAUCAUAGCUUUUGUUUUAAUUGUGUGUCAGUAUAAUAUCACGGAGCAGAGCUAUAAUAAUAUGGGCAAGCCUACCAAAUUGUGCCGCUUCUAUUCUGUACGUUGAUAGGCCAUAAUCUUUGUUGUUGAAGAAACCUGGGUUGUAGUCAUAUAUACAAAUGUGUGGCAUAAGUAUUGCAUCACCACUUUCCCUACAAGAUCUGCCUACCAACCAGUCAUACAAUACACACCAUUUUUAUACACAUAACAAUACACUGGCUCUACAUCAAUACACAGUGUGUCUGCCGGGAGAGAACGCGGGAAGAGCUAAGUGCUGGAUUUCUUGGACAGCUGGAAUCUGACGGCAAUGAAAGGUAGAGAGAAACCAAGACUCGCUCCGCCCAUCAGAACGAAAAACAGACGCAGCUUGUUCUUUGUCUGGAACGGCAUAUUAGUGCCUGGCGCGUUGUCAAAGUGAACUCUUCUGAGAAGUGGCGUCCUCGAGCGGGAAAGGAGUGUCAUUGCCAGUCUGCUUGCCAUGUUUCUCUAGCGCUUCAGUGCAGUUGUUGCUGUUAUGAAGGCUCACGUGA